CGUGUUGGUAUGUCACAUGUCAGCUGUUCCUCAGCUGAUCGGAAGUGCAAUCAAUAGCCGCUUGUUUGCUCAAACCUAUAACGGGAAGCCAUGGCUGAGGCCAUAGCAGAUACGAGAAGGCUGUAUACUAAACCACAAAACCUGAGCGAUGCGUAUGGGCCACCGAGUAACUUUCUAGAGAUUGAUGUUUCCAACCCCGAGACGGUUGGCGUCGGUCGGAACAGGUUCACGACAUAUGAGAUCAGACUGAAGACAAACCUCCCCAUCUUCAAGCUGAAGGAGUCACGUGUCCGGAGGAGAUACAGCGACUUUGAGUGGUUGAGAGGAGAGCUGGAGAGAGAAAGCAAGGUGGUAGUUCCUCCUCUUCCUGGAAAGGCUCUGAUCAGGCAGCUCCCAUUCCGUGGGGAUGAUGGUAUAUUUGAUGACUCUUUUAUUGAAGAACGGCGGCAAGGCCUAGAACAGUUCCUCAACAAAGUGGCUGGUCAUCCAUUGGCCCAAAAUGAGCGCUGCCUGCACAUGUUCCUACAGGACGAGUCGGUGGAUAAAAGCUACACCCCUUCCAAAGUUAAACAAGCCUGAACCGGUCUGGACUCUACACGCACAAACACAAAACAUGGCCCCACAAGCAAUAAGAAAUGUUUGAAUCAUUCUUAACUGGAACAGAAUCUUAGCAUGAACCAUAGGGUGUCCAAAACAUUUACGAAAUGAUUGAAAACGUUCCCUACAAUUAGUCAUUGUGUCACUUCACUUCUCCAAAAGUACUUUUUUGAUCUUUCCUUAUAGAUUGUUUCGGUCUUUUUGCUUUGAUUUAUAAAUCCAUAAUGUUAAUAUUACCACUUUAAGUCAGAUCAAAUACGUUCUUGUGUAAUUCAUUGUGGUUAACAAUUAUUUAUGGUAGUUUUGUCUGAGCAUCACUAACUUCGAUUAGUAUAAGAUCAAAUGAAACGAACCAAAUAACUAUAUCACAAUUAUGCAAGCACACUAUAUCACACACAUUGGCUUCCCUGUGUUAUUGUUACUGCCUACUUGUGUUGCUUUUAAUGCUGAAGAACACUUACAGCAGCUCACUGUGCAGGAUGCACUUAAUUGGGAACCUCCUUUCUACGUGGUGGUUGAUCGUGUGUCGUGUGUCCCACUUAGCUGCAGACAAGCCUGUUUUUACUGUGUAAUGGUGGUACACAGAAACAAAGAGAAAGUGCUGCCUACAAUGCAUGUUUCCAGAUUUGUAUACUGCUGUGCCAUUGUUUUGUUUAUGAGAAUUUUCCAAUAAAAAGGAUCAAAUACA